AGGAUGACAACUAGUGCCAGUCCACUUGAUCUGUGGAUAUAAAACUAGGACAAGAUCAACUAGCAAAAGUUUGGAGAAAAACGAGCUUUUAUCGCCUCUUACAAUCUGAUAAAAAUGACAAGUGCAAGGUUACCGUUUAUUCCUAAAAGUCCCGGGUCUCUGAACAUUGUAUCAAAGUUGUCAGAGAACCAAGACGGGUCAAUGGGAAGGAAGGACGACAAGCAAGCAGUCUUCAAACUAACAAGUACUGGAUCGACAUAUCGGCUUCCAAACCCAAAAAAUCUCAAACCAUAUGUUGAUAGUGAGACUGGAGCAAUUGAUGCCUGGCCUGCCCAUGCUGCCAAACAACCACUUGUUAGGCUAACUACUGGGGAUCAGAACAGCAAGGAGCCCUCAAAACCUAAAUUCUUAGAUCGACUUGAAAAGUUUCUCAUGAAAGAGCUGAAGGCUUUGGAUUGUGCGGAUUCAGAUAAGCCAAGUGAGAAAAGGCUACAGGCUUUUAGGGAAGUAUUUGAGUAUCUGAUAAAUGACUUCAAGACAUACCGACCGCUUCUUUCAUUGAUAAAAAAUGAGUAUGAAAAGCUGAUUGAGCAUCAAAGAGAAAAGAUAAGAGAGCUAGAACCAUUGCAGAGCUUAAUAGUAACAAUAUCAGAGCGAUGUGACAAAAAGUUGAUGUCCAUUAAGCAAGAUGAAUUAGGAGAAAUUGCAAGUUUGAAAGUAGAAAAUGAUGAUUUGAAGAAGACUAUUGUGAAAAUGAGGGGGGAUGAAGUAGAUUUGAAUGAACAAGUGAAGAAGUUGCAAGAUGAAAUAGCAAUUGAAUACAGAAAAUACAGAGAUGAGUGUGAUGCAAGAAAAUUGUUAAUUCAAGACUUGAACGAUCUUAAAUACCAACAAGAUGAAGCUAAGAAGGCUCUUCUGGGAAAGCAGGAUGAAACUGGCGGUGAUGAUGUCACUAUGCUCAAGAUUGCUCUGAAGAAAGCAAGAGAAGAUCUCGAAGCAAAGACGCAAAAACUCGCUGAAGUUUUAGCAGAUUUUGGUGAUGUCGUGCCAAGAAGGGACUUUGAGAGGCUAGACGCACAGUUCAAGACUCAAACGGAGGAAAAGGAAGAUGUUGACAAAAAUUACCGGCUACUGAUGGACGAACACAGUGCUUUGAUAAGUGUACAUAAGAAGAUUGUGGAACAGAGAGAUCAUUUGGCACAAGAAUGUGAGGAGAUGAGACGAAGUGCCACUCCAAGGCCCGAUUGGAAUAAAUGCGAGAAAUACGUCGAAGGCGGGGCAGAGAGAUGGAAAGAGCUAGCAAAGGACAAAAGCAGUAACGAAUUAGUCGAUACUCUUUUAGCAGAGAUGACAGGCCAAGAUAUCGCUAUCAUCCAGGCUGGAGUCGGGGCAGCCAAUGAGUUCUUUUCAGGACUGGGCACUGGACCAGAUGUUCCAAGGUACCUACGAUGUGGAGGAGAAGUUGUCAACAGACGAAUUGGUAAACGAGAUUGUGCCAUGCUUAUAAAAGAUAUAUGGAAGGAAAGAGUUGAGCAUCUUAAAGAGAGGCCAGAAAAAGAAGUAGAAGAUUUCGACGAGUUUGUGUUCAGCGUUUUGAAGCUGAGAUUCGGCACAGAAGCUCUAGCAUACGAAUGGGGUUACAAUCUUCACGAUGCCUGCUCAAGAUACAACCAUGAGCCGAGAAUUGGGCUGUUUUUCAGCAUCCUUGGGGGCGAGGCCGAUGAAAAGCUAUACCAUGACCAGCUUUCAACAUUUGAAAAACUGGCCAAAGAAAUUUCGUCGAAAUCAGAGGGCUCGGAUACGAUUUCUUUAGAGGAUUUAAAGACGACUCUGAAAGGGUACUUUCCGUCAAAGGAUGAUGAAUCCAUUGAAACUUUGAUAAAUGAAUCUAUUAAAGACAAUGAAAAUAACACAUCAAAUUUUCAAAUCAAGAACCUAUUUGCUGAGGACGAUGAAGGAAAUUAUGGAGCAUUUUUGAAUAAAAUCGAGGAACAGGAUAAAGCCGAAAGAUUUCUUUAUAUUAAAGAACUAGAAGAAAAGCUUGGUGAUGAGCCAACACCAAGUUUCGACGAGGUUCGGCAAGCAUUUUUAGCGAUUAACCCUGGUAUCAGCGAAGCGACAUGUCAGUUGUACCUGCAGCGUGGCUUUGGACUAUCAGCUGAUAAACUGAAGGCAAACUUGAAAGUCGAGAAAAAUGCAUUAUUAAAGAACCUGCGUAGCGGCAGUAUCCGCCGAGUUUAACGAAAGACUUGUAACUUGUGCUUUUAGCAAAUGAAAAAGGGUUGAAUUAACUGGUGUAAAUAUUUGUGAAUAUGAAGGAAUAAUUUUUAUAUUACAUCUUUGAUUUAUGGCUACGUUUUCUGCUCUUCUCGCCAUUUUGCAAUUCAAUCAGUAAUCAACAUUCCUUUUUGUUUUUUCUCUCAAUUAUCUAUUGCAUUUACAGCCUUGUCUAUAUCUUCUUAAAACCAAAACAGUAUAUUUUCAUACUUUUUAAUGGCGGGUUACCUAAAAAUUUGGAUAGUCUUUGCAUAGAAUUAAAGAAGAAGUCUGCUUGAACAGGAAACACUGAAAAUUGGCCAACCCUAAGGGGUGACGUACAAAGAAUCUUGUUAAAGUGUUAGAACUACUGUUAUGUUAUUUGUAAAGUUCACUGGGUAGACAUUCCAUCGUCACUGUAACUUUGUUUUUUUCUAAAAAUUUUUUUAAGACUGUGCAUAAAAAUACACUGAAAUCUUACUUCUCUUGUCCUACCUAAGGGACAAGUUUUUGGUCUUAUCGUUGAAAAGCGAUUUAAUUACCGCUAAAUGAAUAGAGUUUUUAUCGUAAUUUUCUUUAAUCGAGAUACUCUCGAACCUUUUUGAAAAAAAGACAGUUUUCUUCCGCAAACAAUGUUACUAUAACAAAAAACUCGG